AUGGCCCAGCAGACCGCACAAUCCCGGGAACCUGAACAAAUGUUAGUAUACAACCUCUCGUCGAAAAAUCUUACUGUGGCCCAAACAAAAGUUCUACAACGUGGAUCUGGUUUUAACACAACUGACGCCGAGCCGGUCACAUUCACUGCUUCUUUCGAAUCUGUGCUACGUCAAACCGGCGCCACAGACGAGGCAAAAGACCUCCUCCGACAUCGAGUCUCUUCACUUCUCAUGUCACACCGAAAAACCCAUUCGCUGCUAAGAGAUGAACAAAAGGCCCUAAGGGAGUUGAAGGCGGACACCGAAAUAGUUAUUCUGCCUGCUGACAACGGCCGAUCAACUGUUAUUCUUGACAAGGUGGAUUACCGAAACAAAGCGCUCAUGCGCCUCAACGACCGGGAGUCCUACAUGGUCAGCGACGCCGCCAGUCUAAAGUCCCUACUGGUGAGGGUUAACAGGGUUCUGUCUCGACUAAAGGAAAAAGUCAUCACCGUCAAAGAAUGGUAUAUAGCAAAGCCCACAGAAACACUGAUGGCGAGAUUCUACGGUCUUCCAAAGGUACACAAGCCAGAUGUUCCCCUCCGACCAAUCGUCUCACUCCGAGGCACACCCACGUACGGGCUCGCAAAUUGGCUGUUUCAGAAGCUAAGAUUCCUAACCGCGGGCUCAGAAACAACAGUACACUCAGCAGAGCAAUUCCUCGACAAAAUAAGGGCGGUCACGAUCGAACCGAAUGAGAGGAUGGUGUCAUUUGACGUCGUCUCACUCUUCACGUCCAUACCACAGGCCCUUGCGGUCGAGACGCUCAGUGACCUGCUUCGUCAGAAUUACGACGAGGGCAAUGGCCAGCCCACAACUCAGGAUCUCAUGGGGCACUGA